AUGGUUAGGUAUUUUCAUCUAACUGAUGAUGGGGAGCAGAUUAUCAUAUUAAGUUUAUAUAUACUCAAUACUAUAAGUUUGAAUCUGGGUAAGGGGGUUUUGAUUUGGGCUAAUGGGAAUCGAUAUGAAGGGAAUUGGGAAGAUGGUGUUCCUAAAGGAAAUGGGGUUUUUGCUUGGCCUGAUGGGAGUUCUUAUACUGGGAUUUGGAGUGAUAAUUUGCAUAAUCGGCAGCCUGAGCAGCCGUGUUUCGUGUUGCUGCCGUCCAGGAAGAGAUCGUCGGUGGAUGGUGGGAGAGGUAGUUUGGCUGAGAGGAAUGCCAAUUUUUCCCGAAUUUGUAUCUGGGAAUCUGAUGGUGAAGCUGGGGAUAUUACUUGUGAUAUUGUAGACAAUGUGGAGGCUUCAAUGUUUUAUAGAGAUGGGAUUGGGGUUGGGGUUGGGAGUGAAUCUCCUUGUGGAGGAGCUCCUGCUGGGCAGUUGAGGAAGAGUCCUUGUUGGUAUGAAGGCUUUGAUGUCAAGAAACAAGGGCAGAUGAUAUCUGAGGGACAUAAGAAUUAUGAAUUGAUGCUUAAUCUCCAACUGGGUAUCAGGUUGAUUAUUGGAUUGGAUUCUUUUGCUUUUGCUUUUACAUCUGUUGCAUCUGUUGAUGUUAUUUGGAUAUUGGGUUUUUGUUGGUUGGUUUUGUGUUUUGUGAAAUUCUUAUUGAUUUGUAGAUACUUUGUUGGGAAGCAUGCGGCCAUUACACGGGCGCUUAAGCUAGCGGAUUUUGAUCCCAAGGAGAAGUUCUGGACUAGGUUUCCAACUGAAGGAUCGAAAUGCACGCCGCCACACCAGUCAGUGGACUUCAGAUGGAAGGACUACUGUCCCAUGGUGUUUAGACAUCUUAGGGAAAUGUUUGCAAUAGAUCCUGCGGAUUACAUGCUGGCUAUUUGCGGAAGCGAUGCCCUUGGGGAACUGUCCUCCCCUGGCAAGAGUGGAUGUUUGUUCUACCUAACACAAGAUGAUUGAUUUAUGAUCAAAACUGUGAAGAAAUCUGAAGUUAAGGUUAGUUGCCCAUACCCAACAUGUCAUUUAACCAAUAUCUGAAAUAGAGAGAUGAUAGAGCACUCAAAUAUAGAGAUUGAGAUUGAUUGUUCUUAAUUUAACAACACAUUUGAAUCUGGGUUUAUUAGAAACUUAACAUAGAUUUGAAUCUGGGUUCAUGACAUAAUUUCCAUAUGAUCUAUAUACUCUUAAUCAUUACUUAUAAAAGGAGGAUAUAUAUCAUAUGGAAAUUAGGUCAUUUGUAAAAUUUGAUUAUAAGAAAUAACAUAACUCAAUACAAUAAGGAUCGUAACUUAACUCAAUAUAUUAUGUUUCUAUGCUAAUUUAGUAGAAAUUUCUUCUUCAACUAAGAUAGUGAACUAUGCACGUAAAAGCCCGAGAAACAUCACAAACACUGAAAUAUGCAUGUGGCUCCCAAUUAGGAAACUACUUUGACAUUUGCACUAUGCCAACAUGUAGGCAUGAAACUAAGUCGAAAACUAUUCCAACAUGUAGGCAUGGAACUAGUCGAAAAAAUGUGCAACAGCCACGAGAUGGCCCGGGGAACACCUAAAACACCUCGAGACUAAUCAAUGUGAGUUGUAGAAACUUACGGAACUAGCACGGGACUCCCGGUUUGAAAACUAAGUCUAAAAAUGCACUUUUCCACACUUAAGCUUGAAAAUAGGCUUUCGGGGGCCAAAAUCGUGCAACAGCCACGAGAC